AUGCCUCACGCUACGGCAACAUUCAAUGGCAAAGUGAUCGCCGAAACCGAUUCGUACGAAUUUGUUGAGGGAAAUGUUUACUAUCGCUCACCACGUGAAGUUCCCACCAGAGACAGUGGACAAAUCUGUACUGAGCGAUUCCUCGCUUACGACGAUUUGUGGACCGAAGCUAAGGAUGCUGCAUGGUACUAUCCCCAUCCCGCCACGGACCGGGCCAAAGGCUUGAAAGACUACGUUGCUUUCUGUGGGUGA